UCGCAUGAAGCAAUAUAAAAGAAAGAUGAAGUGCCGCCGUCUCUCUCAGACAACUUAAUUCUCUUUCUCGUCAAAACCCCUCCAUUCUCAGCCUCCUUCUUCCUCUUCUCUGCUUCGACAUUCAAAUUUCAAUUUGAUCAAACAGUUUACUGAACGAUUGCAGCUUUUGUUGAAAUGGCUGGGAAAACGAAUAAGGGUAGGAACAGGAAAUCAUCUCAAAAUGCUCCUGUUCCUGCUGCUGUUGCGGCUGUUGCUGAUGAUGAUACUUCUCAACAGAUGAUAUUAUCUGAUGCUCCUAUAAAACCUGAGUUGAGUUUGUCAGAUGUAACAAAUGGUGAUGUUAAUGGUAAUGUUGUUAAUUCUGAAUCAAAUGAUAUCAAAGAAGAUAUAAUAAAGGUGUCAGAAGAUAAUGCUGAUUUAGAGAAUCAGGAGACCAAACAAGUUCUUGAAGGUGAGGUUCAACUUUAUCCAGUUACGGUGAAGACACAGGGCGGGGAGAAACUUGAUUUACAACUGAAUCCGGGAGAUUCAGUCAUUGACAUACGUCAAUUCCUCCUUGAAGCCCAUGAGACCUGCCAUUUCACUUGUUAUGAUCUGUUUGUGCACAAAAAGGAUGGCUCGAUUCAUCAGCUUGAAGAUCAUAAUGAGAUAUCUGAAGUGGCUGACAUUACUACUGCUGACUGCUCUUUCGAGAUGGUUGCUGCGUUGUAUGAUGACAGAUCCAUCAGAUCCCAUGUUGAUCGCUCAAGAGAUUUGCUUUCUCUAUCUUCACUACAUUCCUCAUUGUCAACUUCCCUUGCAUUACAACAUGAGAUUAAGCAAAAAACACCUUCAAAUUCAGAUCCUGCAAAAAUUGAGGUCCCUGAACUCGAUAACUUGGGUUUCAUGGAGGAUGUUACUAGUUCAAUCACAAGCUUGUUAUCAUCACCCUCUAAUGAAAUUAAAUCUGUGGAGAAUAUAGUUUUCUCAUCAUUAAAUCCCCCUCCAUCGUAUAGAAGGCUCGUUGGAGAUUUGAUAUAUUUGGAUGUUGUAACCUUGGAAGGAAACACUUAUUGCAUUACUGGAACUACGAAAAUGUUCUAUGUCAACUCAAGUACAGGGAAUACACUUGACCCAAAGCCAUCUAAAGCUUCUUCUGAAUCUGCUACUCUUAUUGGACUCUUACAGAAGAUUAGUUCUAAAUUCAAGAGAGCCUACCGGGAGAUUCUCGAAAGGAAAGCCAUGGCACAUCCCUUUGAGAAUGUUCAAUCCAUAUUACCGCCAAAUUCAUGGUUAGGGCUGUAUCCUCUUCAAGAUCACAAACGUGAUUCAGCUAGAGCUGAGAGUGCAGUAAAUCUUACAUUCGGAAAUGAGCUAGUUGGCAUGCAAAGAGAUUGGAAUGAAGAAGUGCAAUCCUGUAGGGAGUUUCCCCACUCGACUCCUCAAGAAAGGAUUUUGCGGGAUAGAGCUCUUUACAAAGUUACUUCAGAUUUUGUUGAUGCAGCAAUUAAUGGUGCAAUUGGAGUCAUAAGUAAAUGCAUACAACCUAUUAACCCAACCGAUCCAGAGUGCUUACAAAUGUAUGUUCACAACAAUAUAUUUUUCAGCUUCGCCGUAGAUGCUGACCUAGAAAAGUUGUCAAGAAAACGGGGUGAGGCAUCUAGUGAAUCUGCUACAGUGUCCAUUGCAGACAAGCCUGAUGCAUCAGAUGCUUCUGAUGGUGCUGCUGAAUCUGCUACAGUGUCCAUUGCAGACAAGCCUGAUGCAUCAGAUGCUUCUGAUGGUGCUGUUGAAAGACAGCUGAAUGAAAAUGAGCGAGCCACUUAUGCAUCUGCAAAUAAUGAUCUAAAAGGAACCAAGGCAUACCAAGAAGCUGAUGUUCCUGGACUCUAUAAUCUUGCCAUGGCAAUUAUUGAUUAUAGAGGUCAUCGUGUAGUAGCUCAGAGUGUUUUACCAGGCAUUCUUCAAGGUGAUAAAUCAGAUUCCCUUCUGUAUGGUUCUGUUGAUAAUGGGAAAAAGAUAUUUUGGAAUGAAGACUUCCAUUUGAAGGUAGUGGAGUCUGCUAAACGCCUGCAUAUGAAGGAACAUUCAGUUUGUGAUGGAUCCGGAAAUGUUUUUAAACUAGCUGCUCCAGUUGAAUGCAAGGGUAUUGUUGGUAGUGAUGAAAGGCAAUAUCUCUUGGACAUGGUGAGAGUAACACCUCGUGAUGCAAACUACACUGAACCAGGAUCAAGAUUUUGUAUUUUGAGGCCAGAACUUAUUAAUGCUUUUCUCCAGGCUCGUGCAGCAGAAAGAUCAAAAAGUUGUCAAAAACAAGUAAUGGAGCCUUUGGAGAUUUCUGGUUCGACGGAAGUGAAAGUAGAAGCAAAUAAUGCAACUUCAAUUUCUGAAGCCAACGACGCGGCUUUGCAAGAGUGUGAUUCGGCAAAAGAAGGAAAUCAAGAAAUAUCUGAGGACCUAUAUUUUAAUCCUAAUGUGUUUACUGACUUUAAGUUAUCUGGAAAUGAAGAGGAAAUUGCAGUGGAUGAAGAAAAUGUCAGAAAAGCAAGUUCAUAUCUUAGAGACGUAGUGCUUCCUAAAUUUAUUCAAGAUCUUUGUACACUUAAUGUUUCACCCAUGGAUGGACAAACAUUAACUGAAGCACUCCAUGCCCAUGGAAUUAACAAUCGAUAUAUUGGAAAGGUAGCUGAAGGAAUCAAGCACUUACCACACUUUCUGGAUCUUUGCUUAAACGAGAUUGUGGUCAGAUCUGCCAAGCACAUCAUGAAGUAUCUCUUGAGGGAGACGGAGGACCAUGAUCUUGCAGCUGCAGUUUCACAUUUCUUAAACUGUUUCUUUGGAAAUUGUCAAGUUGCAUCCUUGAAAGGUGCUUCGAAUGCAUCAUACUCCCGAUCCCAGAAACAGGAGCAUACAAGUGAUCAAACUUCUGGAAGAUCAUUAAGAAGUACCAGAUCUACAAGAAAGAAACAAUCUUCUUUUUUGAGUAUGACCUCUGCUAGUUUGUGGAUGGACAUUGUAGAACUUGCAAAACUGAAGUAUCAGUUUGAGUUACCCGAGGAGGAUGCUAGAUCUCGAGCAAAAAAGAUUUUUGUCGUACGCAACUUCUGCAAGAAGAUAGGAUUGACGAUAGCAGCUCGCAAAUAUGAUCUAGAUACUGUGACACCAUUCCAACCGUCGGAUAUUUUGAAUCUACAACCAGUGGUCAAGCAUUCUAUUCCAAUAUGUUCAGAAGCAAAGGAAUUGAUAGAAACAGGCAAAUUGCAAUUAUCUGAGGGAAUGCUUGGUGAAGCCUACACAAUAUUUUCCAAAGCAUUUACAAUACUUCAGCAGGUGACUGGGCCAAUGCAUCGCGAAGUUGCUAACUGCUGUCGUUACCUUGCGAUGGUUCUGUAUCAUGCUGGGGAUAUGGCUGGAGCAAUAAUGCAACAGCACAAAGAACUCAUUAUAAAUGAACGUUGCCUAGGUCUCGAUCACCCAGAUACUUAUCAUAGUUAUGGGAACAUGGCUCUUUUCUACCAUGGGCUUAAUCAGAAUGAACUUGCACUUCGACACAUGUCCCGUGCCAUGGCCCUUGUCAGCUUGUCGUCAGGUCCAGAUCAUCCUGACGUGGCUGCAACUUUUAUUAAUGUUGCAAUGAUGUAUCAAGAUAUUGGGAAUAUGAACACAGCUCUUCGAUAUUUGCAAGAAGCCAUGAUUAAAAAUGAGAGGCUUCUAGGGGAUCAACAUAUUCAAACAGCUGGUUGUUAUCAUGCUCUUGCUAUUACAUUCAACUGCAUGGGUGCUUUCAAGAUUUCUCAACAGCAUGAGAAGAAGACAUAUGACAUAUUAGUCAAAAUACUCGGAGAAAAUGACUCUAGGACACUUGAUUCUCUGAACUGGUUGAAUACAUUCAAAAUGCACCAGUUACAGAUGAAUACUCAGAAGCAAAGAAACCAAGCUUUAAAUGCUGCUUCUGCUCAAAAAGCAAUUGACAUGUUGAAGGCACACCCGAACCUAAUGCAAGUUUUUCAAGCUGCUGCUAUUGCUGGAGGCAACUCCAAUGUCCAAAACAAUCCGGUUACUGUUGUUCCCCUUUCACGAGGAAGGGGUAUUGAUGAGAGGGCAACCCGAGCUGCAGCUGAAGUACGAAAGAAGGCUGCAAAUAGAGGUAUCUUAAACAAAGGAGUUCCUGUUCUUAAAGUGGCUAAUGUUAAUGGGAUGGGUCUUGUCCUUAAACCUAAAGGCCUCGGGAAUUCAUUAGAAAACCAAUCGAAAAAAGAACACCCGGUUGGACUGGGUACAGGAUUGACAUCUUUGGAUGCGAAGAAGAAUAAAGGAAAGGUAUGAGUUAAAUUUGAAGCCAAUUUUGGUUAGUUUUCUAUGAUUUUGUUUUAGUUUUUUAUGACAAUUUUGUGGAUUUGCAUUUUGGAUAUUCUAAGUCAAGAAAGAAAGUUUCAAAUUGAUGAAAUAGUUGAUCUCAUACUUAAUAUGAAGAUUUGAACU